AUGAAGCUUUUCUGUCACGAACCAAUUUGCGAUAUCCAAAUUUUUACUAAGCAAAGGUCUCUUAAAUUUAAGUUUCGUAAAUAUGAAUUUCGCUCUGUGGAAAGUAGCUGGAGUCCCCAUUUCUUUUCUAACUUUACCUCUCAAAUAAUAAACAAUUCCCUUCAUCUGGAUAUGAACACCAUUAGAAUCAUAGAAACUGGCUAUAAGGCCCACGUAGAUUUUCAAAUACGUUUGAAGGGAUCGAAACAAUAUCAAACUCUAUUUGUCUAUACCUUAGAUGUCUGCAAUAUGGUGAUCACCAUUAAGAAUUCCAUUUUUAAAAGAUGGUUUCGUAGCUUCUUAAAAUAUGGUAAUUUUAUGCAAAAUUGUCCUGUCUAUAGUGGUCACUAUUAUCUGAAUGGUUGGAAAUUGGAUUCGGAUAUGGAGCCGGCAUAUUUGUAUGCCGGUGAUUAUCGUGUUAAGGGAUAUGCUUAUUUUGGUAAAUAUAAAAGUAAAGAAGAGGAAUUCGUCAUGUCAUUGGAUUUGGAUGUGAGUCUGUUAACGUAA